AUGUUAAUUCCAGGUCUAAUUGGUGGCCCAAUUCUUCUCUGCCUUCUCGCUGUGGUAACCGCUCGAACGGCAAUGCAACUAGGUGACAACUGGUUAUUAAUGCAGAAACGAUGGCCACAGUACUUGGAACCUUGUCGGAGUCCUUACGCCGAAAUGGCUUACCGGUCUAUUGGAGGUCGAGCAAGUCAAAUCGCUCAUGUCCUCAUCCAGAUCACUCUAUUCGGCGGUGCUUCGGUUUUCUCUCUUCUGGCUGCUCGUAACAUCGCCGAUCUUCUACACCUCUUUGGAUAUCCCAUCCAUUUCUGUAUCAGUCUGUUCGCCGUCGCCAUAUUUUUAUGGCCUUUCAUGAUGCUACGCAGCCCUAUGCAUUUCUGGCAGGUAUCGAUCGGUGCCACUUUCAACAACCAUCGCCGUCAUUCUGAUCUUAUCGGUACUUCCAUCGACAUUCCCACAUGCUUCCAGGCCGCCUCCUAUACCACCGUUACGGCGAAGCAAUUUACACUUGGUUUUGGCACCAUUGUCUUCGCUUAUGGUGGUCAUCCCGUAUUUCCCACUAUUCAGCAUGAUAUGGUCAAACCAAGGCAUUUUAGCAAAGCAGUUAUCCUAAGCUAUAUUGGUAAGUCAUUAGCAGUCGUUGCUUUUUGA